AUGGCCGCCCGGCGCGGGCCCCACGUCAUCAAGCUUCACGAUCCCAAUCCGCCCCUCCUCGGCCGGGCGCCAGGCCCCGCGGUGGCCGCCGUCCCCGCGCCCUCGCGAGACGAGGGCAUCCUCGCGCAUCACCCGCGCGCCGCCCCUUCGAGCGCCUCCGCCGCGCACCCCGCCUUUGCACUCAUCGAGGAGCGCCUCGUUGCCCGGGACCAGGACAUCCAAGAGCUCCUCGUCGAUAACCAGCGGUUCGCCGCCACCCACGUCGCGCUCCAGCAGCAGCUCAUCGCGGCGCAGCACGAGCUCCGAGCUGUCUCCGUCGCCGCCACCAGGGCGCGCGCCGAGCGGGAGGGCGAGGUGCGCGCCCUCGCCGACCAGGCGGCGCACAUCGAGGCCGAGGCGCGGGCCGUCGCCGCCGCGCGCGCGGAGGUCGACCAGGUCCACGCCGACGUCCAGGUGCUCGCCGCGGUGCGCACCGACCUCGUCAACCGGCUCCAGGGCCUACGGGAGAAGCUCGCGCACAAGAAGGCUGAGGCGAGUAAGACUGAUUCCGUCCGUGCCCAGAUUGAAACCAUGCGCCGGGAGAUCCAGAAGGGCAGAGCUGCGGUUGAUUUCGAAAAGAAGGCACACUCUGAUAACCUCGAACAAAGUAAAGCAAUGGAGAAAAAUAUGAUUGCUGUGGCUAGUGAGAUUGAGAGGCUUCGAGGAGAGCUUGCAAAUGCUGAAAAAGGGGUCACCGCUGUCAACCCAGCAGCAGCUGUUGGUAACUCUGGGUAUGCUGUGGCUUAUGGCAAUUCUGAGGCAACAUAUACUGGAAUGUAUGGCAAUCCUGAUGCAAUAUAUACUGCACAGGCUUAUCCUGGUGCUUAUAGCACUAAUCAGGCUCAUAUGCACACCGGCGCCAAUUCUCAUUACAUGAGUCAACCUGUUUCCUAUGGACAAUACGAGAGUCAGCACACCAAUGUUCAAAGAUGA